UACGGAGCGUCGGUGUGUAGAUUGUUGUGGUCGGUAAAUAAACGUCCAUAGAAAUGAGAAAGUCGGCUUAAAGUAAAUCGAGAGCACGAAUGCCAGAGCGUCGACGUUCGAGUCAGUGCCAGGUUGUGAAGCAGUACAACUUUGAGAAGUUAACUGAAUAACGGAAACUGUAAAUUGUUUCCAGUGAGAGCGUGUUCUCGUUUAUUCGUCACCUCGAGUGCCAGUCGUAGUGCGUUCCUAACAGGAGUAUACCCAGUAUAGAAGAGACCAGUUAUAAAAAUUUAUAAUUUCUGACAGCUGCAUAAGGUGAACAACCAUAACGUCAACGAGUUGACGAAAAGUUUUCUUUCACAAGUUGUCGGGCAAUAAGAAGAUGAAUUUCACUCCGUUUCCCGGUUUCACAACCGGAUCAUUGCCAACCGGGGCUGUUCAUCAGUUCACUACUAAAUUUGCCCAAAAUUUGACAGCUGGUGGUCAUCAAGUGGUUGGUGUUUUGUCAGGGGGUGAAGGAGGUGUUCAUUAUUUGAGACCAGUUGAUCCGAAUGGAUUUACUGUGGCAACACAAGGUGGAAAUAAUCAACAACAACAGAUAAUAACAUUACCUAUUACUGUACCUGGUAAAGAUGGUACUCAACAACAACAGACCGUCCAAAUUCAAGUUGUAAAUCCAAAUGUAUCACAAGGUGGCAAUAAUUCAGAUCAACCAAAGUAUCAUAUUGCUCCUAUAUCACUUGGACAAUUUCCUCAAGGUGCAGCAACUGUUUUAACAGUUGCGUAUAGUCAACAAGGAUCUGAUGGUUUGCAAAUACAAGUACAACCACAAAAUACUGUUGCAACUACACAAACAUCAGAACAAACGACACAGAGUACCUCGACUGUUGUAACGAGUACGGCUCAACAAACUAUUCAGCAAACUGUUCAACUUCCUGGUGCACCUGAAGGUCUUACUGUUGUUGCUCAAAUUCCACAGGAUUUAAUUUUACGCGAAGCUAUUGACUCAAAAGAUGAUAUUAAGGAGGGAACAACACCAGUAGCUUUGAUUAAACGCGCGAAUGUUAAGACUCAGAGUAAUCAAAAUAAUGAUGAGUAUGUGACGGUCCCAGCAACAUGGCAGAGCAUAGCACCCUCGGGUUCCUCAGUUGCUGAAUAUCUUUCUCGAUUACAAACUCUUCCUCUCGGUUUACAUCAUUAUCUUAAAUUUUCGCCAGAAACGAUAAAACGUGAGUCCACUAUUGAGUCAAGUCCACUUGGUACUGAUGGACUAGAUGGCUCGGGCAGUACAGGAACUGGCGAGCAAGCUGUACAAAUUACAGUUGCCGGUGGUGAAACAGAAAUAAUUCCAGAUGUUCCUGAAGAACAAGAGCCUGGAACUAAACCAAAAAGAAAGAAGAAGUACAAGAAAAAACCACCUAAGCCGAAGAAGCCCAAGCCAGGUCAAGUUAGCAUUGUUACUGCUCUCGAUGGUACCACGUUAUUUUGUUGUCCUCAAUGUAAUAUGGCGUAUCCUGAAAAAGAAUUACUUGAACAACAUUUAAUUGGUCAUAAAAUAGAGCGAAGAUUUAUUUGUGACAUUUGUGGUGCUGGUUUAAAACGUAAAGAACAUUUGGAACGUCACAAACUAGGACACAAUCCUGAUCGACCAUUCAUAUGUUCUGUUUGCAUGAAAGGUUUUAAACGAAAAGAGCAUUUAAAUUUACAUUUUGUUAUACAUUCUGGUCAAAAGACAGAGGUUUGUACUGAAUGUGGAAAAGCCUUUUACCGUAAAGAUCAUCUACGAAAACAUGCGAGAUCUCACUUGGCUAAGCGAGCGAAAGAAGAUCCACUUAGUAUCGUUGAUAAUACUCAAACUCAGCAGCAAAAUGAGCAAUCGCCGCAGAAUCAACAGCAACAAACUGAUAUACAACAACAGCCAUCAUUACCCGGGCUUCAACAAAUCCAAAUUCAAGUAGGACAAGGUUCACAGGCAGAAAUUCAUCAAAUCGCCGUCACUGAACAAUCAACUGUUGUUCUACCAACUGCCGCGGAAACGGGAGCAAUGGCAAUGCUGCAUCAUCAGCAACAACAACAACAGCAACAGCAGCAACAACAAAAGCAGCAGCAACAACAACAAAAACAACAGCAACAUUAGCAGCAAUUGGCCGCCCUGAGUGGUACUGGGCGGUAUUUUCGAUUUAAUCAUCAACGGGCUAGAGGAAAAGCCGCAUAGAAAGUUUAUUAUUAUUCAGUAAUUUAUCGUAAGAAUUGAUACCAGAUAAUAUUUUACAAUAAUUAUUAAUACAUAAAAUUAAUAAUUCAGCUAAUAUUCGGUUUCCUCCCUGUAUUAUAAAUAUUAAAUGAUUAAUUAAUAGUAGUGGGAUAUAUAUGACUCAAAAAUGUGAAAAAGUAAACUAAAUAAUUAUUUAAUAGCUGUUGAAGUUUAAAUAUGCCAGCGUUUUUUUUUUAAUUGCUUUCAGACACGUUUGCUAUUGAUAAACAAGAGUGCAUAUUCGGUACGAAAAUACAUAAUAAAAUAUUUUCUUAAAAAAGAAAAAUAAUAAUAAAAAACAGAAAAAAAAAACACGUGCGCGUUAUAGUGUAUGUAAUAAUUUGUAUUGGUAUUUUACGCCUUAACUUUUGUCCACUUUAUCUUAAUUAUUUAUUAUUAUUUUUUAAAUCUAUAUUUGGAUUUUCCAACAAAUAAAAGAUUGUGUCUGAUAGCACAUGUUGGCGUGACUAUACGUAAUAAAAUAAUUAUCAACGGGGAUAUUUUUUUCUUUUCUUUUUUUCUACUACAAAUAUUGUAAAUAGACGUAAAAUCAUACAAAUGAUUUAUUAUAAUAGAUCAUUAAUGCCUUGGGCCCAUUUAUCUCGAAAUGCACUUAGAUAAAAUCUUUUUUUUUUUUUAAAUGUAAACUUAUUGAAUCCGUGACUGAAUAUUUAUUUUUGCAAAAUACGAAAAUUAUAAUUAUUUAAAAUGAAGAAUUAACUGAAUUAAUAAUAAUAAAAAAAAAUGAUUCAAAAAAAAAAUUUAUGAUUAAAUAAUUUCAUCUAUCAAUCGGGAUAAUAAAAAUAAUAAAUCGAUUAUAUAACUGUUAUUUAUGGUGUUGAAAAGUGAUUCUUCCAACGGUUUUCAAAUUUUAAUGAAAACCAUUUAAAUAAUUUGCUAAAUAAUUAUAUUUAAAAUAAUUCAAUUUUAUUAGCAAUAAUAAUUAACGGACAAUGCAUAAUUUAAUUUGUUCGUAAAAUAAAAAAAAUAUAAAUAUAUAUUAUAAAUAUAAAGUAGUUAUGUCUUAAACAAUAAUGCAUUUGUUAAUAACUUUAGGCUUCUAUUAACUCCUUUUUUAUCAAUUGCUACCAAUUUGUGCUAACAUAAAUUAUAUUUGUAAAUUAAAUUAUCGAAUUGUAAUCAUAAAAAAAAUAAGUAAACGAUAUUAAUUAUGACUUAACAACAAAAAAAAUUAAACAAUAAUAAUAUUAAUAAAAAUUAUUGUAAUACUAAUUACGUAUAAAAUAAA